GAAUGGAGAGAGAGGGAAAACAGGGUGAUGUGUGUGCUGUGAUUUCAGAGCUGGGUGGAUCUACGCUGUUUCACAUUCCCAAAUAUCUCCCGGGCCGUGCGUAAAAAGCGCGUUCAGUUCACAAAAAAAGCCACAAUGUUGGUGCUGGCUGGAAUCAUCGUUCUGCACAUUACCACCAUCAUCCUGCUGCUGGUGGCCACCAUCGAUAAUGGCUGGUGGAUCACUGACACAGUGUCAACUGAUUUGUGGGGCCGAUUAGAGUUGACAAACUCCAUCUGGCACUACACCAACCUGAAAGACUACCCGCAGGAGUAUCUCCAGACGAUCCAGGCCACCUCAGUGCUGGCCUGUGUCUUUGCCAUCCUAGCCCUGUUUGUGUUUGUCGCCCAGCUUUUCACGCUGCCCAAAGGCCAGAGGUUCAUCUUCACUGGCAUUUUACAGCUAAUCGCCUGCCUCAGUAUAAUGAUCGCAGCCUCCAUCUACACGGCCCAGCUUCACACCGGUGAAACGGUGGGAGGGUACGGACACUCCUACAUCCUGGCCUGGAUCUCUUUUGUUCUCACCUUUCUCCUAGCGGUGACCUACCUCGUCCUGCGGAAGAAGAGCGAGUGAUGGGGGGGUAGAGGAAAGGGGGCA